CCAAAAUGCAACGCAAUCCGGUCGCUCUUUUGUUGCCGGAAAACCAUCUGGAAGCAUGCAAUCGCAACCCGAUAAUGAGAGGUUGGAAAAUGGAGAUGUAUCACAGAGAGAAGAUUUACAGGGAAAAGAUGCCACUGCUCUGCCCGGCCUGGCUGAUGAAAAUUGUUUAAAUAGCUCUACAGUUGUUUCCAGAUUCCUGCAGGCUGAGCUGGAACUGAAUGCACGGUUACGGACGCUGUCCUUUGGAAAACCAGUGCGGUACACUUAUAAUCCGCUUGAGUAUGCCUGGGACACACAUCAAUGUUAUGUGGAGACGUACUGUCGCGGAGGACAGAGUGUUCUCUUUCUGGGCAUGAACCCAGGGCCUUUUGGCAUGGCACAAACAGGGGUUCCGUUUGGUGAGGUGAAAGCAGUUCGUAAUUGGUUGAAGAUCACGGGACAGGUUGGGCGCCCAGCUGAAGAGCACCCCAAGCGACGAAUCACAGGUCUCGACUGUACUCAUAGUGAAGUGAGUGGAGCCCGUUUCUGGGGCUUUUUCCAAGAGCUCUGUGGUGAACCUCACAACUUCUUUUGCCACUGUUUUGUGCACAACUUGUGCCCACUCAUCUUUAUGAGUGAGUCGGGCAAGAACCUCACCCCACCUGAACUUCCUGCUAUGGAGCGUGAUGCGCUGCUAUCCUGCUGUGAUAGUGCCUUGUGUCAGGUAGUCACUGCAUUGGGUGUCUCCAUGGUGAUCGGCGUGGGCAAAGUUUCUGAGCAACGGGCUCGACGUGCCCUCUCUGAUGCAGGUAUCAUGGUAAAAGUUGAAGGAAUCAUGCAUCCGUCUCCUAGAAACCCACUGGCCAAUAAGGGUUGGGCAAGCAUAGUCAGGACCAAACUAGAGAAGCUGGGUGUUUUGAAUUUGCUUACCAGAUAAUGACUAGUAUGCAUUUAAAAUUCACCCAGCAGUGUUUUACUGAGAUUUAACGGAGACAUUGAUGGAGUCAACAGAUGUUUUGCCUACUAAUGGGAUACUCUAUUAACUAAUUAUUUUUUAAUGUUUUUCAAUUUUUGUGUACAUUUUAGAAGUGUAAUAUUGCUUGUAAUGUUGCUUACAAAAUAUUAGUAGAUUCUUUGUUUUGUAGUCCAUUUUUGUUCUUUAAAUGUCCUCAUGUAUUUUAUCUUAAUUUAGUUUUUUUUUUGCUUCGGAUUUGUUUCUGAGGUGUCAUUUGUAGACCUAUAAAAACAAAAAAACAUUCUGGGGGUUAAACAAAUAUUACCAUUUAACUGCAAUAAUUUAACUUCAACACAAUCCAUUUCAACGUAAUAAAAUCUGCUGUGUGUAAGUCUUAAUUACAACAUGCUGACCAACCCACAAUGAGUUUUGGAGGUUGUCUAUAUAGAGUUUCAUCUGGUUAUGCCCUAGAGUGGUGUAAUUUUAUUCUGGGUGGUUGAAUGUUUGGAUGAUUGCAAUAAAUUCUCUUCAUGGUUGCCAAACUAUAAAAUGGUGUG